CAAAGGAGCACAUUCAGGCCAUUCAUUCACUAUAGAUCACUCGCAUGCUCCUUCUGCUAUAAGAUACACUGUCGAUUAUAAUCCUAGUACAUUCAAUCAUAAAGUUAAAAGUUAAGUGAAGAUGCCCGUGGUGUCGCAAAUAGUUGUUCAGAAGGAAUAUGAAAAAAAUACAAAUAUAAAACCAUCGGAUAUAAAGUGUAUACGGGAUUGGUUAUCGAAGCAACCUCACCUGCCGAAAGAUCACAUCACUGAUUUAGAUCUAAUUCUGGCAUUCCAUUGUUGCGAAUGCUGCAGUGAUACGACCAAACGCGUCAUUGAUCUCAACUACACUUUGAGGUCGUUGUUCACUUUUUAUCAGCUGAGGACAAUAGACGAAAGGCUGGAGGGUGCUCUACGCACUUGGCUAAUCACUCCGUUGGCCACAACGACAAAGAAAGGUUAUCGAGCAAUAUAUUGUCAACUGUUGGACUCAGAUUCACAGAAAUUCAUAUACGGCGAUGUUGUCAGAGCUUUCGUUAUGAUCAUGGACCUGUGGUUAUCUGAAGAAGGAACAGCACCGGGAACUGUUGUCAUAGUCAACAUGGACAAAGUGUCACUGGGCCAUGUGUCCCGAAUCGACCUCACAGUAGCGCAACAGUUUUUCUACUUUUUACAGGAAGCCAUGUUCGUUCGACUUAAAGAGUUCCAUUUCAUAAAUGCUCCAAGUUUCAUGGACAACUUGAUGUCGAUGGUGAGACCGUUCAUGAAAAAAGAAUUACUGGAGAUGCUUCAGGUCCACCCAGCUGGUUCUUCUACUGUGCAAGAGUACAUACCCAUAAGUGCGUUGCCUAAAGACGCCGGGGGAGAUAAUAAGAACGGGGAACAAUUAAGAGAUGAAAUAUGGAAUAAACUGAAGGCGAACGAAAACUUUUUUCAGGAAGAAUCGAAAUGCAGAGUAGACGAAUCGAAACGACCCGGUGGGUCUAAGAACUUGAGCACAUUUUUCAGUGGCAUAGACGCCUCAUUUAAAAGAUUGGAAAUUGACUGAUGGAUCCGAUAGUAGGUUACAAGGUACUUUGUAUAAAACGGGUAAAAUGCAAAUCAACCAUUAAGAUAAGUAAUGUCAUGAGGUUUUUCAUUGUUACGUACAAGCUUUUGCCUUUGGCUUCGGUCGAGUAGACUUCAGCUAUCUGUAAGCACGUCCGUAACACGGAUUUCGAUCUACCUAUGUGCCGAUUUUUACCUAAAUCAGUGCAGUAAUUUGGGAGUAAAAAAAAUGUUAUUAUGAUAACAAAUAUUACUUUCUAAUUUAUAAAUAAUACUUAUUAGGUACUAUAGAUUUAUAUAAGCUCACGAUUAUAUUCCGAUUGGAUAAGCCAAGUCAGGUCUAUCAAUCGCAAGAUGAACUAAGUACCCACACCUCACCGAGCCUUCUUUUAGAUCAACGUGAGAGGUGUAGAGACGACUAUAAUGGUAACUGCACUUAAGUUAAAUUAAUAACUCAUUGCAAGUUCGGUACCGGGGUUCCCGAUUGAGAAGGAAGCCGGUGUACCGCAGUGACUAUUAUAGAUUGAUUUGUAUAGAUUUACAGUCGUAACAUAAAGCCAUGCUAUAUCAAAAAGCGCAUGGCUAUUAAUUUGACGAAGAGAAUGCUUUCCUAUAACUGUAGUGUGCCUUAUAUUUCCAGAACGAGCAAGCUUGUUUCUAUUGUCCACCUGUCCAUACUGUAUUACAGUUAUUACAAGGCUUCAAGGAAAUGUUAAGAUCGUAUGAAGGCUUGGAAGUGAACCUGACUCCCUCAUUGUUGGGGUAAUAGCAGCUAUUGUUGUGUUAGCCAGUGUUGUUGUAUGCUGCGGAAUUGUAAUUGUUGAACAACAUACCAAGUUGCGAACCUUACUGAUUUAAUACCUGCAUUUUCAUGAAACUAACGAGAACAUUUCAAUCAUAUUUGCUACUAAAACCCUUCUACAUCCUAUUAGAUAACAGGAUAAAUGCAGAAGAAGAUUUUUUAAAGUUUAAAAUAAAUAUAGGGUGUUAGCGACAUUGUAACGAAAACUUUGUGGGAUGAUUCAGACCAUGAUUCUGAGUUGAUAACACGUGGAAUUUUCCGUCGCAAAAGUAUGGAACUGAAAAUAAUAAAAAAAACACAAAAAUUUCCAUGAAUUUUCCGACAGGAAAUUCCACUUGACAUCAACUCAAAAUCAUGGUCUGACUCAUCCCCCUCAGUAUUCGUUACGUUGUCACUAACACCCAUACCUACUUGUAUGGCUAUCUGUAUGUACUUGUGCGGGAUGUAAGUUAUAUCGUAACGAAUACUGAGAGGGAUGAUUCAGUUCAUUAUUCUGAGUUAAGAACAAGUGAAAUUUUUCAUCGCAAAAGUAUAAAAUUGAAAGUAAUUUAAAAAAGCUAAAAAAAAACAUGAAUCUUGCGACGUUAAAUUCCACUUGAUAUUAAUGCAGAAUCAUGGUCUGAAUCAUUCCCCUCAGUAUUCGUUACGAUGUCACUAACUUCCUGUAUAUUUGUACAGUAAGUACCUACGUUUAUUUUUUUAGGAAUAUACUUACUUCUCAGCUAAUUCAAAUCUAGACUGUUUUGGUGCUUAUUAUAGAAGCCAAUGCGUGCGGUAUUUCAUUAUCACAUUGAAGUAAAUUGCUUGUAACAAGACCCCUUUAUUAAUUUGACCUCCUCAAAGAUCGACAUUGUGGUACCGUGUUUGUUGCUAGCUCGCUUGUAGAUAAGCCACCAAUCAUUCGAAAACAAAUUGCAUCUGGUCACUAUUGUCAUAUAAUACAUGCUAUUGUUAUGUACUUACUAUAAUAGUGUUAUACACAGUACAUACUUACAAUGAAAAUGCGAGGUCGACCUUUGACAUUGGUGCUGAUUCCUGUACACACCACAUAAUUUUAUUUUAAGUUAUACCUGUCAUUUUCUUAUACGCUGAAAAAGAAAGGGACGGGUAAUGGACAGGCAUAAAAUUUAUAGAACACACGUCAUGUUUAGGCAGAAAUUUAAAAAAGCCCUUCCAAAAUUUUAUAUUUUUCAAUAACCCGACAGAAUUAAGUUGACAGCAUACGUCAAAUGGGUUGAUGAGAUGCCUAUUUUAUUAGUUCGGGUUAUUUAACCUUUUUAUUGGUUUUAAAAUUUACAGUUGUCUAUCAUCCGUCCUUUUCUUUUCGGCGAAUAAAAAAAUACAGGUAUAACUUAAAAUUAAAUUAGGAUGUGUCUGCAGGAAUCGGGGCCAAUGUCUGUGUAAAGAUCUUGUUUUCGAUGUACCCUUAUUAUACUAAAAGUUCGCGUGUAAUAAAUUUAAAAUAAGUUGGAUGAAGUAGUUUUAAUAAGUUACGAUUGUUCUACAGGAAGGUCGGUGCAGACGCUCCAGACCAAAACACAAAGCGUAAGAGAGAAUCUAAAGGAUUUCAAACUUCGACAGCCAAAAAAGUCUAUUAAAAGUUCCAUCUGAAAUUUCACAAACUUAAUUCAAAUUUCGCUCGCUUGUAAGUUCGCAGCGGAACUUUAUUUCGUUACCUUCAUUUAAUUUCCUUAUUUUCGUUAUCACUUUGCAUCUGUCUACAGGUGCUUGAUUCCACGGUUCAAAUUUUAAUACAAAGUUUGUGUAAAAAAACCGGUAAAGUGCGCAGUCGCAGUUAGGUAUCGAGGCUUCCCGUGUUUUUUUUUUCUUAGUGUCUAAUACUCCGCCUGUUAUUAUAACUUUUUGUCUUGCAGCACAUUAGAUGGUCCAAAUGCAGAUGUAGAUUUUUUUGUAAUGUAGGUUGUUACCAUAUAAAAUUUUCGUAUUUUUUCUUUUACUUGUCCAGUGGGUGAGUUGUGCAAUUACAUGAUUAUGGUAGGUUACGAUGAUUCAGAAAUUAAAAUAUGUGAACUAAA